UCUCUCGAUCUCUUCUGCAGCCCUCGUUCCCUUCCUCCCCUUCCCUCGCGCCGCCGCUCUCCUCCCUCGUCGCUCUCUCCGGCCUCAUCCGCCACCGCUCCUAUGAGCCUCCUCCUCCCCACGAGAUCCCUUCUGCUCGAGUCGCCGAGGAGCACCUUCCCCUCCCCGUCCCCAAAGGCAGCUCCGCACUCAACCCUAACCCUAGACCGCGCGCCCGCCCACCCCCGCUGCCUCGAGGCUUGAGCCCGCCCGCGCUGAUGGAGCCCAAGCAGCCGGCGGCCAACCUCGCCGCCGCCGCCGCCGAGCCGGAGGAGGACGAGGCGGACGAGGAGAUGGAGGACGCGCUGCUGGACCGCGCGCAGGCCCUCAUCUCCCGCGCCGUCGAGCAGGAGGCCAACCCCAACCCGCCGCACGGCGACUCCUCGCGCUCCAGCCGCCGCGUCCCUCAACGUCAGGGCAACAUGACCAUCGCAGCCAAGGCUGGAGUCACGUUGGAAAUCCCAAACGGGGCUGUGCUCGAGAACAAGAGGCUCACAGUUAAACAAGAAGGCCAGGCUCCAGCCAGUGAUGUUGAGGCUGCCUAUACAACACAGACCCAUGCCACUUACAAUCACGGAGCAAUGGGAAAUGAUGAGUUCCUGCUUCUUUUUAUGCCGGUUCAGGAGUGUAGGAAGUGGUUCCUCGCCGGUUGGACGUCGUUCAACCGCAGCUCUGGCACCCACUGAGUACUGCCUCGGCUACAACCUCCCUCGG